AUGUUAUCUCGAAGAGAAAAGUUAUUAGUGCAGCCUUGGGAAGAUCGUCGAUAUAAGGACCAUAGACAAAAGGUGCGCGGCGCGCGCGCGGCCGUGGACGCGGCCGCCCCGCCGGCGCGCCCGCACGUCGCGCUGAAGCUCAAGAAGUGCCAGCGCGAGCGCGAGCGCCGCGACAAGCUGUGCGCGGACAACUUCAGCCUGCUGCAGCGCCUCGCGCACGUCAUGGCCGUCAACCGCCUCGACAACCAUUGGGACCGACCGCUGCCUGACUGCCACCGGAAGGCGGGGCGGCGCUGCGCGCGCGACGCGCCCCCCCGCCCCCGCGCCCCCGCCGCGCGCUGCUUCGCUUGCGAGCACCGAAAACAGAGUCGUAUCACUCGCGCCUCGCCCCUUGAACCUCUCGCCGGAUAA